UUGAAUAAUCAGGUGUGGUGUGCAUGGGGGAUUUGUGACCAAUGGAUUCUCAGCAGCUUUUUGCAAGUCUAAGUGAAAUUUGUCUUUUUAUAGAGUACCCACCAUCUAUCUUCAGUCCCUGUACUGUUUUUGCUUUAUAUUUUGCUUCCUGGUAGAAUGGAGAAGACCAGGAAGCUCUUUGUAAGGUUCCUCAUGUUUAUUCUGUCUGUGGAGAUUUGCUUGGCUCAACACUGGUCUUAUGGCCUGCAACCGGGAGGAAAGCGGGAUGCUGAAAAUCUGGUAGAAUCAUUCCAGGAGAUUGCUAGUGAAAUGGAAAAAAUAGGUGAACUGCAGCAUUUUGAAUGCAGUGGCCCACAUCAGCGCUCCAUGCUUGGUGGUCUGAAGGGAGUUCUGGCAAGUCUGAUUGAAGGAGACGCGGGGCAAAAGAAGAUCUGAAUUCAUGAAGGCAAAUGGAACAAAGGACCUGUUACUGUAACAUUUCAAAGCAAUGAUUUAGCUCUAAGGUCUGACCUCUGUUUGGAUGACAGUGUCAUGUGCAUAAAUGUUCAAAUAC